AAGUGAUGGAGUUUGUCGGAAGUGUUUUGCAGUGACCCACUGGAGGACGGCGGAGCGAGAGGGAGGUGAUUAAAUAGCGUUUUCUUCAUGAAAUAACGCGAAAGCUUUGAUAUUUCAUCAAGCAAGUCAUUAUGUGGUACGAAAUUUUGCCCGGCUUUGCCAUCAUGACCGCUUGUCUGAUGGUUCCUGGGAUGGCGACGGCUCAGAUUCACAAGUGGACGAACGGCGGAAAGGAAAAGCGAACUGCCCGGUACCCCUACCAGUGGUACCUGAUGGAGAGGGACAAGCGCGUGUCAGGUGUGGGUGUGUAUCACAAAUCCAAGGGUUUAGAAAACAUUCACUGAAGGCUCCGAGCUCUGCAACACCAGCUGCAAAUCGGAUGUUUGAUUUUCUGGACCUAUUGUACAUUAAUAAAAUUCUAUUGAUCACA